GGAGGAAGAAAUGUGUAUAUUUCAGGGCUUGCCCUAUGUCACGUAAUGGCCUCUAUCGUGCGCUAAAAAAGAAAACUACUUAUUAACACAGGUAAAUAUAGAGGUAUUUCGAUUGACCUGACUCAGAGGACGGCCAGAGUGACCGGAAUCCCCCUCUUUCCGAGGUAGUGCGCUCCGGGUGGGGCAGAGCGGUCAGCUGCGCUAGGGGCGGAAUGCCCCGCGCCUAGCCACACCUGGAGCUGAAGAUGGUGUUGCAACACGCUCUCCGACGGGCGCUGCUGGCUUGCCCCUGGAAAGGGGCAAGGCUUCGGUGGCAGCACACCGCCUCGCUGAAGGUGGCCAACGAGCCCAUCCUGGCCUUCACGCAGGGCAGCCCUGAGCGAGAUGCAUUGCAGAAGGCCUUGAAGGACCUGAAGGGCCGGACAGAAGCCAUCCCGUGCGUGGUGGGGGACGAGGAGGUGUGGACCUCGGACGUGCGGUACCAGGUGUCGCCCUUUAACCAUGGACACAAGGUGGCCAAGUUCUGCUAUGCAGACAAGGCCCUGCUCAACAAAGCCAUCGAGGCUGCACUGGCCGCCAGGAGAGAGUGGGACCUGAAGCCUGUCGCAGACCGGGCCCAGAUCUUCCUGAAGGCUGCAGACAUGCUGAGUGGGCCGCGCAGGGCAGAGGUUCUUGCCAAGACCAUGGUGGGGCAGGGUAAGACAGUGAUCCAGGCGGAGAUCGACGCUGCGGCCGAGCUGAUCGACUUCUUCCGAUUCAACGCCAAGUUCGCUGUGGAGCUGGAGGGGGAGCAGCCCAUCAGCGUGCCACCCAGCACCAACAGAGUGGUGUACCGGGGGCUGGAGGGCUUUGUGGCAGCCAUCUCGCCUUUCAACUUCACGGCCAUCGGCGGCAACCUGGCGGGGGCGCCGGCCUUGAUGGGCAAUGUGGUCCUCUGGAAGCCCAGCGACACUGCCAUGCUGGCCAGCUAUGCCGUCUACCGCAUCCUCCGGGAGGCUGGCCUGCCGCCCAACAUCAUCCAGUUUGUGCCAGCUGACGGGCCCGCCUUUGGGGACACGGUUACCAGCUCGGAGCACCUGUGCGGCAUCAACUUCACAGGCAGCGUGCCUACCUUUAAACACCUAUGGAAGCAGGUAGCCCAGAACCUGGAUCGCUUUCGGACCUUCCCACGCCUGGCUGGAGAGUGCGGCGGGAAGAACUUCCACUUCGUGCACCGCUCCGCCGACGUGGACAGCGUGGUGAGUGGCACGCUGCGCUCAGCCUUUGAAUAUGGGGGCCAGAAGUGCUCCGCCUGCUCCCGUCUCUACGUGCCCCACUCGCUCUGGCCACAGAUCAAACAGCGGCUGCUUGAGGAGCACAGCAGGAUCAAAGUGGGCGACCCUGUGGAAGAUUUUGGGACCUUCUUCUCCGCAGUGAUUGAUGCCAAGUCCUUCGGCCGCAUCAAGAAGUGGCUAGAGCACGCCCGCUCCUCGCCCGGCCUCACCGUCCUGGCCGGGGGCUCGUGUGACGACUCCGUGGGCUACUUUGUGGAGCCCUGCAUUGUCGAGAGCAAGGACCCACAGGACCCCAUCAUGAAGGAGGAGAUCUUCGGGCCUGUGCUGACUGUGUACAUCUACCCAGAUGACAAGUACAAGGAGACGUUGCAGCUGGUUGAUAGCACUACCAGCUACGGCCUCACGGGGGCAGUGUUCGCCCAGGAUAAGGACAUUGUCCGGGAGGCCACAGAGAUGCUGAGGAAUACUGCCGGCAACUUCUACAUCAACGACAAGUCCACUGGCUCGGUGGUGGGCCAGCAGCCCUUCGGGGGGGCCCGAGCCUCCGGCACCAAUGACAAGCCAGGGGGACCCCACUACGUCCUGCGCUGGACGUCGCCACAGGUCAUCAAAGAGACUCACAAGCCUCUGGGGGAUUGGCGCUACUCGUACAUGCAGUGAGCCCACGUGGAGCCUUCGCUGUCCACCUGUCUGUCUGUCUGUCCAGGCGACUAACCUCAGUGCACUGGCCCCCUGAGCCUUUCCCCACUCCUCCCUGUGGGAUGGCCCCCACUCUAGAGACAAGGGCUGGCCCCUUACCCCCUGCUGGCCCAUACCCUGGUCUGUCCCCCAUCUUGGGGUCAGGUGCUGCAGCUCUGGUUUGAGAUCCCUGGGGAGGAACAAGCCUGCUGCCCCUCAUCCCAUCGGGGUGUCCUAGAAAUUACACAUCGUAGGUGCGACCUUGGUGCCAGCUGGUUCUCCCUCUGUCCUUUCUGCUUUUUUUCCACAUAGUGGCACAGUGGUUUAUGGCCUUGGGAAAUGAUGGGAGGCAGCUCCCGACCCUUUGGGGAAAAGGAGGCAGCUCCGUGCCCCGGCGGCAGGCCUCAUUGCCCACAGAGGCUCACAGCCUGGGCCCUGGCUUCCCAGGCCUGCGGGCUUCGGUGUGACCAGCGUGGUCUGCAGGGUGUGGGCACCGGCUGACCUGGCCCUCUGUGGUCUGGGCCACCCACCUUUCAUGCCAGCUCGCUACCCAGACCCACCUGAGCCAGUGGGUACCUGUGCCUGACCGUCAGCCUUAGAUGCCCAUGUGCCUUUCUCCUGUGCGUCCUCAUGCCCACGUGGUUCCUGGCUGACUCCAUGCAGCGAGCCUGGGGGCCGCUGGAGGCCACCUGCCAAGGUGUGGGAUCGGUCCUUCCUGUUGGGGCUGUGAUUUUGGAAAUUGGGUGGACCUUCCUGCUGUGCCAGCUUUCCCUUAGCCCUCUAGUCCUGCCUGCGGGUGGCCACUCCCAGAGCCCAUGCUGGCCUGGGGCCUCCUGCCGGGGCGCGGUUCCCACUGGCUGUGGCGGAACAGGCUCGGGAGAGGGGGCUCCCACCAUCUCCCCAGCCCCUGAGACCCACUCUUGGGUCCCCGUCCUGCCAGGGCCGAGGAUUGCCCAUAGAGCCUUCCUCCCUUUGCAUGCUAGUGGCUCUGUGUAGACUGGCCCUUGGUGACCUGUCCUUUGUUUGAAGUAGCCAAUCAGUGGACUCUCUCGGAUAGGUUGGAUUCUGGGCGGCCAGCCAUCUAUAAAGAGUGACUUUGGACGGCAGUUUUUAGGGAACCCUAAAAGUGCAGGGCCCUCCUCAAGGACAGCUGGCAGGGGGUCCUCAUGGGGUUGGUGUGGCCAUUCCCCAAGUGCCAUGAUCUCACACUGUGGCCAUCGGUCAGGGUGAGUGCCAAUAGCGCCGGGAUAGGGUGUGGGUCCUGCUUCCUUCCGGCUUCUGCGCUGUUUCCCACAGUGCCCGCUCAGGUGCCCGGGGUGGGUGGGCUGGAAACGUUGUGGUCCUGCUGGCUCUGCACUGUGAAGUGGCAAUGGGGUUUGUCCUGAUGUCACCCAAUAAAAUACCUGUUACUUCAUCAAGUUGGGGGUCUUUCUGGUGGGGCUUGUGGGGGCUGGUCAGCUUCUAAGUCUGAUGGCAUUGCCAGUGUGUCAUAGGUGUCAGCGGCAUGGUGCCCUCAGUGUGACAGCAGGAGGGCCGGCACUGACGCAUGGGGAUACCUGCGGCAGGUGGCGGGGACUCUGGAACCUGAUGGACCGGGUUCAGAUCCCAGCUCCCCAAAGUUGUGCAACCUCUUGGACCUUCAGUCUCUUCAUCUCUCUGCAAGAUGGGAAUAAUCACACACACGCGUGCGCACACACACACACAGGUGGUCAUGAGAAUUAAGUAAAUUGAUUCAUGUAGGUGUAUAGAACAGUGCCAGGCACAGAAUCAAUGAUUUGACAGUUACCCAUUUUCCCCUUGUUAUAACAACCCCUAUUGUGUGCUAUGAUCGUUAAGUUUACGUGCCUGGAUAUUUUAGUCAGACCUUAUUCUGGGUGUUUCCAUGAAGGUGUUUUUGAAUGAGAUUAGCAUUUAAAUCAGUGGACUUCCAGUAAAGCAAGAUUACCCUCCAUACUGUGGGUGGACCUCAUCCAAUCAGUCAAAGGCCUUAACGGAACAAAGGCUGACCCCCUCCCACCCACCCCCCUGUCCCGAGCAAGGAGGAAUUCUGCCAGCAGUUUGCCUUUAGACUCAACCACAGCUCUUCCCGGGUUACCAAC